AUAACAUUUCAUUGUAUAGAUAAGCCCCAUUUUGUUUAUCCAUUUAUCAGCUGAUGGUUGCCUCUGUUCUUUUUUUGUUGUUGUAGCUUUAGUUUUUAAAACCGAGUUUCUCACAUCAGGUUUCUUUCUCUGUAGAAGGAGGAUGAAUUUGGGUUUGACUUUAAAGUCACCAAAAGGCCUCUUGAUGGUGAACAUCAGCAGGCAGUACUCACGUGGAUCCAUUGGGUUCUUUGUGCCAUCAAGUCCUCCUCUGGACCCUGAGAAGGUCAAAGAGUUACAGCGCUUCGUCACUCUUUCCAAGAGACUCCUAGUGAUGACAGGGGCAGGAAUCUCCACUGAGUCGGGGAUCCCAGACUACAGGUCAGAAAAAGUGGGACUUUAUGCUCGCACUAAGCAGAAACCCAUCCAGCAUGGGGAUUUUCUACGGAGUGCUCCAAUCCGCCAGCGGUACUGGGCGAGAAACUUUGUAGGCUGGCCUCGGUUCUCCUCCCUGCAGCCUAACCCUGCACAUUGGGCUUUGAGCAACUGGGAGAGGCUCGGAAAGCUGUACUGGCUGGUGACCCAAAAUGUGGAUGCCUUGCACACAAAAGCCGGGAGUCAGCGCCUGACGGAACUCCAUGGCUGCAUGCACAGGGUCCUUUGCUUGAACUGUGGUGCACAGAUUCCUCGGGGGGUGUUGCAAGAGCGUUUUGAAGCCCUGAACCCCACCUGGAGUGCUGAGGCCCAUGGCCUGGCUCCUGAUGGUGACGUAUUUCUCACAGAGGAGCAGGUACAGAGCUUUCAGGUCCCGUCCUGUGCUCGAUGUGGAGGCCCCCUGAAACCAGAUGUCGUUUUCUUCGGGGACACAGUGAACCCUGACAGGGUUGACUUUGUGCGCAGGCGUGUAAAAGAAGCCGACUCCCUCUUGGUAGUGGGAUCAUCCUUGCAGGUAUACUCCGGUUACAGGUUUAUCCUCACUGCCCGAGAGAAGCAGCUCCCAAUUGCAAUACUUAACAUUGGGCCCACACGGUCGGAUGACUUGGCAUGUCUGAAAUUGGAUUCUCCUUGUGGAGAACUGCUGCCUUUGAUAGACCCACACUGACCACAACCUGAUGUUCCUGAGCCAGAAACUGGGACUUUCACUUUAAUCCUAUUAAAGAUACUUAAGGACUCCUCCAUUCUUCCUCUAAACAAUCGAAGCUCACUGAGUGCAGCAUGUAGAGGGCAGCAAACUGACUCUUUCUCCCAGCCCCUCUCUGAACUGGGCAGGCUUCAGAGUCAGGUUGCCAGAGAUUUGACCCUAAAGACUUUUUCAAAGCAGCAGCCGCUCUUGAUAGAGAAACUGCCUUCACUUGCUUUUUAUCUCACCAGGUAGAAGAAAUGGCCCAGGAAAUAUGUAAGCCAGGACGGUCUUUGGAGUGCCAACCCAGAAUCUCACUAAUGUAGGGGGUGAGGGGAAAAGAAAAUGACUUAAUUUAUAAUUACAAAUGGUUAAAUGUCUGAAAUGUUCUAAUAUAUAUUUUUUAAAGAUGA